AUGUUGACAGCGUGGCUCAGGCACGCCUCCCUAGAAAUAAGGCAGGGGAGAGGGCAUGAGAUAAACCGUGGCAGAUUCGGAGGCAGACAUCGGACUGGCAUGGCUGUGUGCAGCGCAGCGCUGAUCUGCAUCCACGAGGCUCCCGCCUGGACGCUCGGAUCGUCUCUCCGCAGCCGCGCAGCUGUGACGCGCUCCUGGACGGCGCAGCGCUGAGCCCUGCUGUGUUUUACAGCAUGUUGCCGAGCGUUAGGAGAUAGACAGGGCGUAAUAAGAGGGGACAACCUUGCCACACUUGAGCGAUGUUCCGUGAGCUUCUCUCUCUCUUGUUUCACUCAGCUGCUCUAUUCUACACCUGGGACUAAUGGAGGGAUGCAACGAUGUUACUCUUUGCUUGUCAUGCUUGAAUCACAGCUUCAUAUAUACUUUUGUGUCAGAGACCUUAUUUUCUUUGUCUGUCACUGCUGCCAGAUCCACCGUGGGGUAGCGUGGUGGACAGAGCCCCCUCCUCAACCCCCCUCUCCCUUGUCUUUGCCCCCGGAUUCUCCCGUCUCGCUCGUGUCUAUUUACCCCCCCUAAGCCGCCCUCCCCUCUGUGUUAAGCUCCGUCUUUCUUGCUCUGCUCCCCACUGCUUACUAUCGCCGCCUUUGCUCUUUCAAGGCAAGCAGGCUGUUCUUUACAAGCGGUUUGUUACAUGAUCUCCUGGAAAACUGUUUUUGCCUCAGCUCGCCUGCCUCACUGCUCGAGCCCUUCCAAAUUUUACCUGUUCAACAGAAAGAUGUUCCUUCACGAGGAUUGAUCCUCAUUUACCCCCUCACACUUUCCCCUUCCCCUCCCUUGUCCUGAUCUCUUGCCCUCUAACCCUAACCCUCCUAUUCUCUACCCCCACCUUGUCCUACUCACCCACACCCCGAGCCUCUUUUCCCCUCAUCCAUUUCACCCCCUUGACCAUGUUGCCAUGUGUCUGCUGGCUCCAGUCUAUCCUCAUCUUGCUGUCCUCUGUGUUAUGGACUUUGGGGGAAAACUGCCCAGCAACCUGCCUGUGCCCAGAUCCUCACACUGUGGACUGUAGCGGCCGUGGGCUCACCCGUCUACCCGAUGAGAUACCCUUGGAUGUGCGCAGGCUUUUGCUGGCUGACAACUGGAUACCCCGCAUCCCGUCGGAUUUCCUGGUUCUGUACAGUGACUUGGUCUACUUGGACCUGCGGAACAACACCCUCUCCCACAUAGAACCAGGGACGCUCAGCACCUCAUCCAGGCUGGUGUUCCUGGACCUGGGCAGCAACAACCUGACUGAAAUCCCCAAGGGGACAUUUGGGGAGUCCCGUAGCCUCAUCAAACUGCGUCUGGGCAACAACCCCUAUCUGAGCAUGGUGAGCGAGGAUGCUUUUCUGGGCCUCACCUCUUUGAGGGAACUGGAACUGGAGCGUAAUGCCCUGUCUACCCUAAAGGUGGGAGCACUGAGUCAGUUGCCUUCCCUGCGGGUGGUGAGGCUAGAGGGCAACCCUUGGGUGUGCAACUGCAAUUUUGCCAACCUGUUCUCAUGGCUGAUGGAGAACAGUCACAAGCUUCCAAACGGGGUAGAAGGCAUGGAAUGCUCCCUCCCCAUGGAUGGCAGACGCGUAUCGCUGACCCAGCUCUCAAAGGACAGCUUCCGUGAGUGCCAGGCCACCCUGACUCUAACAGACCUGCUCAUCAUCAUUUUCUCUGGCAUCUCGGUGUCUGUGGUGGCCAUCAUGACAAGCUUCUUCCUGGCGUCAACGGUUCACUGCUUCCAGCGCUGGAGUAAAGGCACCAAGGGGGACGAGGAGGAGAGUGAGGAGUGACGAACGCUGGCUUUUGAGGGGCCUGAUGGUCCUGAUACUCAACAACAGAGGACACUGCAGACAGUAUGUGCUAAGUUUUUUCAUGCUGCUUCCUCGCUGGUGAAAAUGCAGGAUCUGUGGUACAGAGACAAUAACAAAGGACCUUCCAGAGGAAUUAGCCAAAUUCUCAGUUACACUUAGUCAGUGAGCGUUCAUUAGCGCUCAGUUGGUCGUGUUUGAUGAUCCUCACCCUCGGCUCAGUGUGACAUACCUACAGAGUUAGAAAAAGGCUCACGAUGAUGAUGACAGCGAUAGAAUUAACAGAAAUAGUCAUGAAUCCUGUGAAGAGACGGCAUUGGAGCUUGGUGUGUGUGGAUAUUAUUGAAUAUUCCAGAUUCCAUUGAUAACAGAUGUCAUACAGACUAGUGACCUCAGUAUUUAACUGCCUAUAGUCGUGAAAUGCCGGCGUACUCGUUUGCCAUUUGACGGUGUCCUUUUACAUCAAGGUUUACGAGCCCUGUGGUAGAAAAUCCUGCAGUUCCCUCUGCAUCAUCAGGAAAUGAUUAACAGUUAGACGUUAGAGACGGGCCGACACAUUUUAAAGCACUAUAUUCAUGAUGUAAUCACAAAUUUAUGUACAAAAAAAAGAUGUAUAGUCAAAUGAACAUAAUAUACUGUGUUCACUAGAUUGAUAACCGUGUAGAAAAAAUAUAACUAGAUUAUUAAUGAAUUUUACAGCCUAUCAAAUUGAUAUAGAAAUUCACAGUAUGUAGAACUAUUGUCAAAUAAUGCACUUUAACUGGUUAAUGUAACUUCUCCAGCCCCUAAUCACACCUAAAUACUGGUUGUACCUUUAUUUGCCAAAGACUAUUGCAGGUUCAGGUUUAGUGGAGUUGGCAAACAUUAGCUCUGUUUUGGAUGGUGUGUAAGUAGCGAAUUCUCCUGAACUGAAGGCAGCACGAUAGUCAAACCAUUCUCUGUAUAAGCAUGUACUCAGUCCAACGGUUAUGGUCUCCAGAGCUUUACAUUUUACUCUCUCCCAUCUCUCACGGAGCCAGGCUUCUCACUUGGCUUCACUUCACGUUUUUACCCUUGAUUUUUCCAGAGGUCACAAAGACGUCAGGGUGGGGGUGAGCAGGAGGUUAGUUUGCUGAGGAAUAAAUGGACCUGCAGUAUCAGGAGUAGAUAGAUGUACUCAGUCAGCUUGAUAGUACAGUACAAUCUAAAUGGAAACAAGUAGCGUCCUGAAUUCAUGGGGAGUUCUGCUGUUUAUUUGAAUCAAAUCCUUCAAAAUUAAAAUAUGGAAUUAAUAAAGCUAGACUCAUAGUUCUUCUCCCAAAGCUAAGGAAUGAUGAGUUGCUUCUCAUUGUUUUAGGGCAUGAAUAAUUCAGUGAUGUAUGAGAGUGAGAUCUGACGCGCCAGGAAUGUCUAACAUGUAAAGAGAAGAGCCAUGAGCAAAUAAAGCCAUUGUUUCUGGGGGGUUAAAAUUUAAACCUCCCUCCAGAGCAUUAAUAGUCAUAAAUCCCUUAAGCGACACUAAACAACGUGGCCUUAUUUGUUUGAAUUUUUCAUUAGUAUCAACAUCAAGAAAAGCACAAAGAUAAUUCAAAGGAACUGAUGAUGACCCAAAUACACUCUUCUAAAGGAUGUGUCACAUGUGUUGGUACUAACUUACAUUGUUAGUUUCCAUUAAUGUGUGUUUGUGUUGGACUUUAACAGUGUAAGAGUUGUACAGUACAAAUGUAUUUGUUCGUAUUUAAAAUAAUUGGAUGAUGCAAUUCCUUUGGAAAUGAUCAACAUUUAUUAAGCUAACUAACAUUUCAGCAGAGGUUGAGCGGUGGUGGUGCAGCCUGGUAACUGGAACUAGACACCUCAUCAGGCCUGUCGAGCGUUGGGUUUCUCCAUCUGUUGGGGUUUGGAGAGAAAUAUGACGAAUCCCUUCACAGAUUGGUGCAUGGUGUCAAACUACAUCAUAUACUGUUAAUUUUAUGAUCAGUCCUAAGCUGCAAUUCCUUUUUCUCCCAAACAAGACAUCUGCAUGAGAAAGUAGUUAUUUAACUUUAUUUAGUUCUGUACCUGCUCCUGUGAACUUGGGCUGAAUAGUUCAUUCUUUGGUUCCUCUAAUUGUAUGAAACAACAACCAUAAAACUACCUCAAUUUACUGAACUUAACAACGGUCCAGUACACUAAGGUAAUAGUUUUUCAGCUGUUCAACUACAUGGACAGCUGUUUUUUAUAUAUAUAUAUUUUUUUUACAUUUCUCAAUGUAAAGCUGGUUAUUUUACCAAAUGGAUCAUUCGAGGACACUUCCAGGAAUUGUAAAGUAUGAGGAGUCUGCAUGUAAGGACUGACAUGCAGACUGAUUGAAAAUUAGUCUUCCACUCAAAAACCUAAAACUUUAAAGUUUUAAAAUAAAAUAGAUUUUUAGUUGAAUUAUUAUGACUUUUUAUAUAUAAAAAGUCUUACUUGCACAUUCUGUUCCAGUGGACAGCCGGGUGCUGCUAUUAAGGUUGAGGAUAGAUGUUCUUUUAACCAUAUAUGAUGUAUGUUGGCACCAGGUUUUCUCACCCUAAUCUGUGUUAACAGAGCUUUGAUUUUUAGGAUGUAGAUGGAGUUUCCAGACCUGCCGCUGUUACUGCUGUGAACUGGGUGAGUGUAGUGCAGUGAGAUUAAAAAGAGUUUGACUGACUAUGGAGGUGGAACUGAAAGAAGAGUGGAUCUAAGAGUAGUACAAGUGCAGCAUAUACACUUCAUAUUUAAACUGUUCCACAGUUCCAGAACAAAUGAAGCAAACAUGGUUAUGUGUGGUGAAGCAGCCACAGUUUGAAGGGAACAUUUAGGUCGAAGUCUCAGCAGAAACACAAUUAAAUUAUUAUUAAAGAACAACGUUUACUUUAUUCCUUAUACGCAAGAGACACGUUUAAGUGACAGAUACAGUCCUGAGUCAAAGAAAGAGAGGGAGAGUUUUUAUACAUAUCAUUAUCAUUUCCAACUACUGUGUAGUUAUUGUAUAUUAACAAAUUAUUAUGUUAGCUGUUAGCUUGAAGCAUAUGUUAGCAUGACUGUUUUCUUUCUCUUGCUCAUUUUAUUAAAGAACAAAUAUCAGGACAUUGGAGCAUGCACCGUUGAGUUACCUGGUAUAAAGUUCAGGUUCAUGUCUAUUUUUCUAUUAAACCUCUCAGAAUGAAAUGUUUAUUUACUAUGUUUGUCCCCACAGUCAUUUUCUGGCAGCACGCGUUGAGGAAAGCAACAACACCAGUGGCUGCUUUCCAGCAGUUUGUCUUGACAUUGCUUAAAAUACCAAAAUCAGUGUUCUGUUUUGUCAGAUAAAUGUCAGAAUGGCUCGACUCGAAAUUAAGUGGCAGAGAGAAGUGUGAUGUUGCUGCAGCUCAGUGCGUUUCCAAAUGUCAAACACACACUGUCAAAUAGAUCUUAUGUGUAGCUGUAUAUUGAUGUUUGGUUAAAAAUAAAAAUCUUUUUUGUC